AUGGCUUUUCAGAGCAGCGUUCUUAGAGAUGGCGAGUGGGUGACGCAGACUGUCAACUUUCAAGAUGCUUUGAAAGCUUCUUCCACCACGGCCAAAGCUGCCGAAAAUCCAAGUCUCAAGGCACCUGAGUGUGGAAUACUCUCUAGGACUGUCAUCGAGAGCCCUGUCGUUCAUUGGAUCCUCCCAGUUUGCUUACGAUCGCUGUCUCACAACGAUAUCGCAUUCAUUGGCGACCGCUUCGUUCAAAUCAGCGAACUCCGCGAUGAUGGACAAGUGCAUGAGGUUAUACGAAAAGCUGACUUUGGCACACGAAUCCGAAAUGCGAUAGUUCUGGGGGCUCCGCCCAAGAGAGACAUCCCUGGCGCAACCGCUGCUGCAACCAAGACCGAAGAAGCCAAAGAAGCCAGCGAAGGCAAAGAGGGCGAAGAAGGCAAAAAGGGCAAAGAGACCAAAGAAAAGCGUGUACUUCCACCGCAACUACUGGUCAUAAUGCUCGAGACAGGUGACGCCGUUUUCCUCUUCAUUCAGGAAGGCUUCGACGGGAUACUGCGCUUUGAAACCACCACGUUUGAGAGCCCCAGGAAUCUACAGUUCUUGGGGUAUCACUUGUCCAUUGACCCCUCGUCGCGAUAUAUGUCUGCUGGAUCCGCUGAAGGUGGAUUCGUCGUCUACGAGCUGAACUCGCUGUCUCACAUGAAAUCUCAAUAUGAGGACUGCGGAUGCUUGAAGCCUGUCAAGUCUAUCCGAGUUCGGAUAACGCAGGGCGUCAUACACAAAAUGGAGUUCUUACAUCCACGACUGGAAGACGAUUACCAUAUCAUUCUCCUAUUGAUCAUUGUUAGACGCGAAGUGAGUAAGCAGGCUCACGUAUCUCGCAUGGUCGUCUACGACUGGGAGCUCGGCGACGAGCUUACCGCUGUAUUUCGGUCAGAGAAAGGCACACCACUGCCAAAAGAGCACCGAAUGCCUCUCAUGAUAAUUCCACUCAAAGUCAAUACUGCCUUCUUGGCAGUUUCAGAACACUCGAUUGGCAUAGUAAAGAACGCAUUCACAGGGCAGACGUCGUUCGAUACCUUGGAAACACACUACCCUCAACAGACGAAGUUGCACCAUGGAGCUGCCGAACCGCUCUGGACCACCUGGGCGAGACCUUUUAGAAUCAACCUAUACCUGGAGAAGAUGGAUGUUGUUUAUCUAGCUCGUGAAGAUGGCGUUAUUGCACAUAUUGAGAUCGAUUCGCGAGAUCUAGUUCCAACAGUUAUGACUCUCGGAACCAUCAGCACCAAUAUCACAACCGCUUUCACUACAGCUUAUGAUGUCUUCUCAGAUGUUUUGAUAACUGGCGGCGACUCUGGUCCUGGUGGAAUCUGGAAGGUGCUUAUCCCCCGCAAAGAUCCCCAACAAGUCAGCAUCAUUCCUAAUUGGUCUCCCGUGGUCGAUUUGGUCACGACAGAUACCAAUCCUUCCUGGAGGAGUGAUAGCAGGAGGAAAGAUCUUUCGACGAAACGCAGGGUAUCAUCGAACCCAAAACCGAAGUCGGAUCGCAUCUUCUGCACGUCCGGCCGAGGGCCGCAGUCGAGUUUGACAGAGUUGAGAUGGGGCAUUCAGGCACGGAUUGGCCUUGAGUUCGACCAUGACCAACAUGUCCGCCAGUCCUGGAUGUUUCCAGUUGAGGCUCAAGGAGAUCGAAGCUUCUAUGUCAUUUUGUCACUGCCGCAUUCUACUGAUGUCCUUCACUUCCCCGCUGAUCUCAGCAAUGCGGAUGCUCUGUCGCCAGAUGCCUGCCCAUUCGAUACAUCAUCGCGAACAAUCUCGGCAUUUCAGACAGAACAGGCCGUGAUAAUUCAAACCUACAUCAUUGCAGGUUCUGUUACGGAAGGGUUACCACUCUUGACUAUAUACUCGCUGGCUGGCCUUGAAAUUAGCAGCAACGCCCCUCAGCCACACCUUGUUACUCCUGACCAGGAAGGUCACUCGCAUAUGGAAGCAUAUACAAGUGUGCUAGCCAUUCAUGAUACCGCUGAGAAGGUCAUCUUGGUGCUUGGCACGAGGAGCGGUCAUAUUGUGACGAUUCUGAUACCAGGGGAUGAUAUUGCUCAUUACUCACUUUCGAUUGAACAGAUUGGCAUUUCACCAGCCAAUGUGUUUCCGGCAUCUAGCCUCUUUGAUGGAAAGCACGCCCUUUUCGCCUGCUGCGACAACAGCCUAUCCAUCGUGACGGACUUUUCACCAAAUGGUAGCAGAUUCAAGACUAAGACCCGAAUUUGGGCAACUGACUCGAAAGAACCGUCGAUGCCAUCACCCCCCGUUCAUGCAGCCUUUUGCCUCCAACAUAGCCUUUCUGGAUAUGAACGUCAUAUGUCCCUGAUGUUACUAUCUGAGACACGAGUUCUUCUCGUCGAUAUCUGGCCGCAUGUUGGACCUGUUCCUCGUAGCAUUCUUCUUGGCGGAACCCCGAUGCGCGUCAUCUAUUCUCAGACUUGGAAGGUCUUGGUGGUUGCACACUUAAGGGAUGAUCGUCCAACACUCUCCUUUAUCGAUCCCGAAAGUGGUGCGAAUGUCGCAACGGCAGCUAACAAGGACAAGCAGCCGUCUGAUUAUAUUUCCGGCCUAGGACAUCCAGGCGACAGGAUAUUUGGCCUCUAUGAGUGGACCUAUGUUAAAGAUGGGAAACUCUUUCCGUUCAUCAUCGUGACCACUCAACAUGGUCGACUGAUGAUCGUGUCUGUGACAGCGGUCAAACCGGAGAGUGACGAUUGCCCGACAAGAAAACUACAGUUCUGGACACGAUAUAAAAAGAAGGGCUUCGCCGAGCCUAUUUAUACAGUCGUCGGAGAUGAUGUGGGUCUUCUAUUUUGUGUUGGAAAGGUUCUUCACUGGGAAGUCCUGGACCUCGCGGAGAAGAAGCUCAAACCUAUGAAGCAGUUCAGGCUGGAUUCUCCAGCCACAACCCUGCGCGUGGAAGGCACAAAAGUCUGCGUCUUGACUGCCCAACACUCACUUCAGGUCAUUGACCUGAACGUGGAGUCGGAAAACAGUGACCCUUCUAUUAUCCAUAGCGACCGAGUGACUCGUUUUACGGGACAUGUGAUAGAGAUGGGAGACUCCGAAGAAGAGCCAGGCAAGUGGCCAGUGAGUGUUAUAUCCACGGCACAAGCAGGGUUUGCCGGAGUUUGGAUCCCAUGGAGUCAGCGCCAUAAAGAGUUCGAGGUUGUCGUCACAGGACUUUUGCCCACAUCUAUCAGGAGAUUCCGCAAGGGGCACACUCGACCUUUCUGGUCGGCUGUUGACCGCCAAAGACGAUACAAUACUUUAUUUAGCACAGCGGAUCAGGCAGACAUACUUGGAGUGUCUAUUGACGGUUCACUACACCAAUUUUCAUUAAUAGGUCUGGAUCUCUGGCGGUUCCUCAGGUUGAUACAGAACUUGGCAUACCAGAACGAGGAGAUUUGCCCCUUUGUCCGGAACAGUUACUCGUCGGGGAACAGCGAUCCGGGCUUGGAUCUAGAUCCAGAGCUUGAACCCCAGCUUGCCCGGGAGAUGAUGCAUGUUGAUGGUGACUUACUGCAACGUUGCCUUGAUAUGAGUGCGCUGGAAAAGCUGGUGUUGAUUGGGGAUGGCAUUGACUUGUUUUGCGAGUAUUUGGACGGGAUUGACGAUGGAAUACACACCGAAGGUUUCCGGGAGACUGGCUCUAGAGGAAGAAAGAAGUACAUUGAGCUGGGCUAUGAGAUUCUCGAGUAUGUUCUUACUCUGGCAAUCUGA